UUCGUCAAAACACUCACUGGGAAGACCAUCACCCUUGAGGUGGAGUCUUCGGACACGAUCGAUGUCGUGAAAAAUAAAAUCCAGGAUAAGGAAGGAAUCCCGCCAGACCAACAACGUCUAAUUUUCGCCGGUAAACAGCUUGAAGAUGGCCGUACCCUCAGUGAUUAUAAUAUCCAGAAGGAGUCAACACUUCACUUAGUGCUUCGUUUACGCGGUGGUAUUAUCGAGCCCUCAUUAAAA